AUGAGCCAUCGCAGGCGACACCGCGCACCGCAGCCGCGCGUCGAGGUCAUCACUCCCGCUGGGGAGGAUGCGCCGUCCCUCUCAGUCACCAUGCUCGGUGCGGGGCAGGAGGUCGGUCGCUCCUGUUGCGUUAUUCAACACCGCGGGCGGACAGUUGUAUGUGAUGCCGGUUUGCAUCCCGCCUACCCGGGGCUGGGAGGAUUGCCGUUCAUCGACGAGCUCGACUGGUCAACAGUCGACGCGAUUCUCGUUACUCACUUCCAUGUCGACCAUGCAGCAGCGUUGCCUUACAUCAUGGAAAAAACAAACUUCCGUGACGGCAACGGCAAGGUGUACAUGACACAUGCGACGAAGGCAAUCUACGGAUUGACCAUGAUGGACACAGUCCGCAUCAACGACCAGCACUCGGACUCGUCAGGAAGGCUGUACAAUGAGGCUGAUGUUCAGGCGUCAUGGCAGAACACCAUUGCCGUCGACUAUCACCAGGACAUUGUCAUCACGGGAGGGCUACGAUUCACACCGUACCACGCGGGGCAUGUGCUAGGCGCGAGCAUGUUUCUCAUCGAGAUUGCAGGUCUGAAGGUGCUGUACACGGGCGACUACAGUCGCGAGGAGGACCGCCACCUCGUGAUUGCGGAGGUACCCCCCAUCCGGCCCGACGUGAUGAUUUGCGAGAGCACGUUCGGCGUGCACACGCUUCCAGACCGCAAGGACAAGGAGGAGCAGUUCACGACGCUGGUCAGCAACAUUGUCAGACGCGGGGGUAAGGUGCUCAUGCCCAUCCCGAGUUUCGGGAACGGGCAGGAGCUGGCGCUCCUUCUCGAUGAGUACUGGGACCAGCAUCCCGAGCUGCAGGGCGUGCCGAUCUACUUCGCCUCGGGUCUAUUCCAGCGCGGCAUGAAGGUGUACAAGACGUACGUGCAUACAAUGAACGCCAACAUCCGCUCGCGAUUCGCGCGCCGUGACAACCCCUUCGACUUCAAGUUCGUCAAGUGGCUCAAGGACCCGAAGCGGCUCGACCACAGGCAGCCGUGUGUGGUCAUGGCGAGUGCGCAGUUCAUGAGCUUUGGUCUGUCGCGUGAAUUGCUCGAAGAGUGGGCUCCGGACGCCAAGAACGGAGUCAUCGUCACGGGCUACUCUAUCGAGGGCACCAUGGCGCGUACGCUCCUCGGCGAGCCGGAACACAUCGAGAGUUUGCGUGGCGGCCGCAACAUCCCUCGCAGAUGCACGGUGAAGGAGAUCUCGUUCGGCGCGCACGUCGACUACGCCCAGAACUCCAAGUUCAUCCAGGCCAUCGGUGCGCAGCACGUGGUGCUAGUACACGGCGAGGCGAGCCAGAUGGGCCGUCUCCGCGCUGCCCUGCGCGACUCGUACGCCACGCGCGGACAAGAGAUCAACAUCCACACACCGCGCAACCUCGAGCCGCUGACGCUGACCUUCCGCGCCGAGCGCGUUGUCAAAGCCAUCGGAAGCCUGGCCGAGCAGCGCCCCGAGCACGGCGCGCCGCUCAAGGGUCUCCUGGUCUCCAAGGACUUCUCGUACACCCUGCUCGACCCCAAAGACCUCCGCGACUUCACGGGUCUGAGCACGAGCGCAAUCACGCAGAAGGUCUCGCUGCCCAUCGGCGUCGACUGGAGCGUGGUGCGGUGGCACCUCGAGGGCAUGUACGGCGAGGUGGAGGACAGCGUGGACGCGGCAGGGCGCGAGGUGAUGACUGUCAUGAACGCGAUCCGCGUCGUGCGCGUCUCGGACGUCGAAGUCCAGAUGCAGUGGAGCUCGAAUACGAGCAACGACAUGAUUGCCGAUUCGGCGCUCGUCGUGCUUCUCGGCAUCGACACGAGUCCCGCGACAGUGAAGCUCACGUCCCAUCCCCACCCGCACGCGCACCACGACCACGCGCCGGGCUCGUCGUCGGACUUUGACACGCUCCACAUGUUCCUCGAGGCGCACUUUGGGGACGUGAGCCGGCCAGGUGAUAAGGACGACGACCUGCUCGCCAUGACUGUGCGGGUUGACGGGGCCGAGGCGACCGUCGACCUCAUCUCCAUGAAGGUGGCGAGCGAGAGUGAUGAGCUGCGCGAGCGCGUCGAGGCCGUGCUCGAGAUGGCACUUACUACCGUCACGCCUCUCUCGCGCCUGUACGCCGGGCAAGGGCUGGAUCAUGUACACGAGCUCGACGAGGCUGCAGCCGAGGCGGCAUAG